GUGUCACCGCUCCCCACAAAAAAAGAAACAAGAAAUCCAAAAUAGCUUUUCUCUUUCUUCUCUGCUGCUCUCACUUGCUCUCUAUCGUCACUUGCCUCAUCGUUUCUGCAAUUGUUCUCUCAAAUUUGAAUUUUAAAUCCGACGUUUCUGAGGAAGACAAGGUUACUGCUGGUACGGAAAUGACCGCUACGAUGGAGAGCCUGAUAGGUCUGGUGAAUCGUAUACAGCGAGCGUGUACCGUACUUGGUGACCAUGGCGGUGUUGGUUCUGAUUCUGCUCAUACUGUUUUGCCGACUCUCUGGGAGGCUCUUCCUUCUGUUGUUGUUGUUGGUGGCCAGAGUUCUGGAAAGUCGUCGGUGUUAGAGAGCAUCGUUGGCAGGGAUUUUCUUCCAAGAGGAUCGGGUAUUGUGACAAGGAGACCUUUAGUGCUACAGCUCCAGAAGAUAGAGCAAGGGCUACAGGAAUAUGCAGAGUUUCUUCAUUUUCCAAAGAGAAAAUUCACAGACUUCUCUAUGGUUCGGAAGGAAAUUCAGGAUGAAACUGAUAGAGUGACUGGGAAGUUGAAGCAGAUAUCUCCUAUUCCUAUUCAUCUUAGCAUCUAUUCUUCAAAUGUUGUUAACUUGACAUUGAUAGAUUUGCCUGGUUUAACCAAAGUUGCCGUAGAGGGUCAACCUGAGAGCAUCGUUCAGGACAUUGAGAACAUGGUUCGCUCAUAUGUUGAGAAGCCAAAUUGCAUAAUUUUGGCAAUAACUCCAGCCAAUCAAGAUAUAGCUACAUCUGAUGCUAUCAAGCUCUCUAGAGAAGUAGAUCCGUCAAGUGAGAGGACGUUUGGUGUUUUGACAAAGCUUGAUCUGAUGGACAAGGGAACAAAUGCAGUAGAUGUUCUUGAAGGAAGAGCUUAUCCACUUCAAAACCCUUGGGUUGGAAUUGUGAACCGCUCACAAUCUGAUAUUAACAAAAAUGUGGACAUGCUUGCUGCUAGGCGAAAGGAGCGUGAAUUUUUUGCUACUAGUGUUGAUUAUGGGCAUUUAGCUAGCAGAAUGGGUUCAGAGUAUCUUGCAAAACUUCUUUCCGAGCAUUUAGAGUCAGUAAUUAGAGCUCGCAUACCAAGCAUCUCAUCUUUGAUUGAUAGAAGCAUUGAUGAACUUGAAUCAGAGUUGGAUCGACUUGGUAGACCUGUUGCUAUUGAGGCUGGGAUACAGUUGUAUACUAUCCUCGAGUUAUGCCGUGCAUUUGAUCGCGUCUUCAAGGAGCAUUUGGACGGAGGGCGACCUGGUGGUGACCGGAUAUAUGGAGUUUUUGACAACCAGCUCCCUGCUGCUUUGAGGAAACUUCCAUUUGAUCGCCAUUUGUCUCUGCAAAAUGUAAGAAAAGUAGUUUCAGAGGCAGAUGGAUACCAACCACAUUUAAUUGCACCUGAGCAAGGUUACCGACGUCUGAUAGAUGAUGCACUAAAUUACUUCAGAGGUCCAGCUGAAGCAUCUGUAGAUGCUGUUCACUUUAUUCUCAAGGAGCUUGUGAGGAGAUCAGUUGGAGAAACUAAGGAGUUGAGACGCUUUCCAACUCUUCAAGCUGAGAUAACAAGAGCUGCCAAUGAAGCACUGGAGAGAUUUCGUGAAGACAGUCGGAAAACAACUUUGCGAUUGGUGGACAUGGAAUCCUCCUACCUUACUGUUGAUUUCUUUAGGAAACUCCCCCAGGAAAUUGAAAAAGGUGGAAAUCCAACUGCCACCACUGCAGAUCGAUAUGGAGAGGGGUACUUCCGCAGGAUUGGAUCAAAUGUUUCCUCCUAUGUAGGGAUGGUUUCUGCAACGCUCAGGUACUCCAUUCCAAAAGCUGUGGUGCAUUGUCAAGUGAAGGAGGCAAAGAGGUCUUUACUGGAUUACUUCUACGCCCAAAUUGGCAAAAAGGAGGGCAAGGAACUUGCAAGAUUACUUGAUGAAGAUCCUGAGGUUAUGGAAAGCAGACAGCAGUUCGCGAAGAGGCUAGAGUUGUACAAGUCGGCCAGGGAUGAGAUCUCAUGGACUGGCUGAGGGAAAUCUCACCUUGUUUAUAUAAUGUCUAUAUGAUAGGUAAUUAUUUGUCUUCUAGAUGGUAGGACAAUGUUUUCUUGGUUUGCAUUGGAUUGUGCAGGUAUUGGCCAACUCAUAAAACUCGAUUGCUGAGUCUGCUUGUUCAUAGUCUCUGUUUAAGUUGGAUUCUCAGCCAUAUGAGUUGCAUUUCCCCAUGGAUGGAA